CAUAUCAUAUCAUAUCAUAUCAUAGUAUAUAACACUAUACCAUACACUCCUUCAAAGUCAUCCACAAAGUUGUACCAAACCACAGUAUACCUACUUACAAAUACUACCAAUCCUCCAACAAUCAAACUUGAGGCGUAUUCAUAACUGCAUCUACCAACAUUUAUAAUUCCCUUUGGAAUAAUACCCGCUACUCACUUUUUAAGGUUGUUCCUUACUUCAAUACUCCCUUUGUUCGCCUUUAUUCUAGUUUUCAAAAAAGAACCUUAGCAACACCGUUAAGAUUGUUCAUUUUAGUUCAUUAUUUUCUUGUCAACAGUAAGUCAAAAAUUAAAAUAUCUUUAAAUUCCCACAGUUUUGUAUAUAUAUAUAUACAGUUCAGUAUCUUCCAAAGUCACCCUUUAUACCUUUCUAUGCAUUACUAGUCUCAGAAUAUCACCUAUAUAACCUUAUCGUUUGUAUUAUAUCAUGACAAGUGGUUCUAUAAAUGUUAUAAAUCCUAUACCUACCAAACCAACCAUUUCUUCAUCAUUAAAUAAUCAAUUCAAUUAUAACUCUUUACCCACAAGUCCUUCCCCUUCAACUCCGGUAAAGUCAAAUAGUAAUAAUACUACUUUUACAACUACAACUACUACCACCAGUUUAUCAACUUCAAAUUCAACUACAAAUACUACUUCAAAUAAUAAUUAUCAUGUACCUUCAUUGGAUUUCCUUAUAAAUGAUUGCUUUUUAAAAUCUAUCAAUCAUUUAUCCAUUAAUGAAGACAUUGAAGAUGAUACAGAUAUAUCCCAUCGAUUAAAAUUAGUUGAAUUAUUUGAAAACUUUAUAAAUAAAGUUCAUUGUCAAGAAAAUUUACAUUUUUUAAUUGAAAUUUUUAAAUAUGAAUAUUAUUAUGAAAAUAUCUUUCCUAAUAAUACUGAUUCAUCCAUUAUAAAAGAUUCAAAUUCAGAUGAUUAUGAAAAAUUAAGAUUAAAGAAUACUCCAAGUCCAUCUCCUGCUCAAUUUUUUAUACCUCCAUCUCAUUAUAAACAAUUAGAAUUAUCAUCUUCAUCUACCGGAAUAAUAUCUUCUGCACCAUCACAAUCUUUUAAUAGUGGAAGUGGAUUUCUUUCCAAGACAAUUUCCAUACGAUCAGAAGAAUUAGAUCCUAAUCAAGUAUUUGUAUCAACUAUUGAUGAUUUAGAUCCUCAAAAUUUAUCAACUUUAAAUAAUAAUAUUUGGGAUAAUUUAAAAUCUCAAAAUAUAGAUAAUGAAGAAGAUGGAAGUGAUGAUGAAAUAGAAGAACUACAAGAAGAUAAUACCAUCAAUGAUAGAGAUCGUCAAUUACUUAUCAAUCAAUGGAAUUUGAUACUUAAUAAUUAUGUUAUUGAAAAUUCUCCCGAUCAAAUUAAUAUAAGUCAAAAAUUACAUGAUCAAAUCAUUGUUGAAAGUUCGAAAUCAGAUAUUCAUCAACCUUUAAUCUUAUUAAAAGCUAAAAAUGAAGUAUAUCAAAUCAUAAAGGAAAACACCUACUUACAAUUCAUAAAAAAGCUUCAACAAUCUCAAAAAGCACGUUCUCCUUCACCUGUAAAAUCCCAAGAUCAAACUUUACAACAUUCUCCAUCAUCAUUAACUUAUGUUACUUCUCAAAGUCCGGAAGAUUUCAAACAGAACGUAAACGAAAUCAUCAUCCCUGAUGACCAAUCAUCUCAAAUUCAACCUUCAACUGCUACUACGAUUUCAAAUCCUCCAAGUCCUGCUAUACCUUACAUGAGUAAACAAACUUAUAAAUCAAUGAAGAAGAAAUUAUUAUCCUUAACUUCUUCAUCAUCAUCCUCAUCGCCAUCCCUUAAAGAAGGAGGUACUAAAAGUGCUACUUCCUCGUUACCUAAUUCAAGAGCAAAUUCACCUCCUACAAAUAUAUCUCCAUCAUCAAGUUUCAUUCAACAUUCAAAUCCCAUCACUAUAAAUAGAGCUCAUACUAUGAGUGUACCUCAGAAACAUCAUCAUCAUCAUGCACAUACUACACAGAAUAUAAUCUCAGAAUCAAAUUCAACUUCUUCUUCAUCAAUAUCGAAUUUAUUAGGACAUUUGAAAUUAUCUAAUCCUAAUAGAUCAAGUGGAUCAAAUUCAGGUACAACUACUCCAAUAUCGAAUUUACAUUCCUUAACUACCUCACCUGUAAGUGAAAGAUAUGUUGAAACAUCCAAUAAUACUGCUACUAAUGCUGCUAAUACAUCUUCUAAUGGAUUGAAAUUUUGGUCAUCAAGAAAGAAAACUACAUGAUUGUUUUCAUCUUAUCUUAUUUAUUUAUUUAUUUAUUAUUAUUCGUCAUUGGAAUAAUAUCUUGCAUCGUACAUAUCUCAACUGGUAUAUACCCCC